AUGCCUAUUUCCGAUGAUGCUGUUCUAAACGAUUUGGUGGAGCAAGCACUUUCGCUCAAGAGCAUCCAUGGUAAGUUGUUCAUCGACACAUCAACAGUGCACCCCUCGACGAGCUCCGCCGUAGCCGAAGCUUUAAAAGCCAAAGGUGCGCAUUUCAUUGCUUCGCCAGUCUUUGGUGCCAGCCCCGUGGCCGCUGCCGGCAAGCUCAUCUUCGCCAUGGCGGGUUCCCAGGACCAGAUCUCACGGGUAUCCCCCUACAUCCAGGACGUAAUGGGCCGCCAGAUCAUCAACAUGGGUGCCGACGUCCACAGCUCGAGCCUGCUCAAAAUCUCCGGCAACAUCUUCGUCAUCGGCUUCCAAGAGUUGAUCGCUGAAGCGCAGGUGUUUGCCGAGAAGACGGGUUUGGGCACAGCGCGCAUGGAAGAGUUCAUUGGCGGCAUGUUCGGCCCUGUUCUCGAGAGCUACUCCAAGCGCAUGACGUCCGGGGCAUAUGCGCCACCGCUGGAUACGCCGCCAGGCUUCGCGGUCAGCCUGGCUUCCAAAGAUGUCCGACAUGCCUUGGCCAUUGCUGAGGAGAAGGGCUGCCAGCUGCCUACGCUGGAGACUGCGCAGAACCGCAUGACGAAAGCUCGGGAGUAUGCUGGAGAAUCGCUGGACAGCUCGUCUGUGUACGGUAUUGCGAGACUAGAAGCAGGGCUGCCGUUCUGGAGCGAGAACAGCAGACAGGGUAAUUAG